AUGUUGGAAAUCCAUAAUACCUACAGAAAAAUGCUGGAAAUGGCCAGUCGGCCAGGAUUUGCCAUCACAGAAAUAUCAUCAGUGGAUUCAUCCAAGUUAAAAGUAUCAUGGACACCAUAUCCUAGUGCUAAUACUUAUGUUCUUGACCUAAGGAUUGCAAAUAAUACCAGAAAUCUACCAUUUAUCAUUGUGACACCUUCAUUUAUCACCACAAAAACAUUUCAAAGGUUACGAGCAGGAGUACUCUAUAACGUGACAGUCAAAGCGUUUAGGUACUUUACCAUACUUGCUUCCACAUGGCGAACAGGAAGAACAGGGGCAGGUCUGGGAGGCGGCGGGAAUUGUAGCUGUAACGCGGAUACUAUUGCAGCGGUCACGUGGUCUCCUCCCCACCGCCCCCUGCCGGUGAUCGGCGAGCGUGCGGACCCAGCAAGCGCGUCCCGCCGGGCGGCGGGCACCGUGACCGCAGCUGUGGUGCUGCCGCCAUCUAACAUUAAAAUCACUGUUCUUGAUAAAACUGCAAUCCGGAUAAAUUGGAAUCCAGUUGCUAACGCAUUCCAAUAUGAAGUGACUGUGCAUAAGAAUUCCGGGAAAAAUUCUGACAGGAUUAAUCCAGUGCAAAAUGUGAAAGCACUUUACAGCUGCGUUGCGGACUCGGUGGUGUUGUCAUGGAAUGUCAGCCCUGGUGCCACAAGCUAUAGAGCAGUUGCCAGAAGCAUUGCUGGUGUGAUUCUGUACUGCACCUCCUCAGCAAUUACUUGCCAGAUUACUGGAUUGGACUGCAGCGAAAGCUUCUCUGUAACAGUUAUGGCACAGACUGACACGUGUAACUCCAGUGAAAGUUUACCCGUAAUAUUUGAAACUCAGCCCUGCACCCCUCAGAAUUUCCGAGUAAAUCGUGAUUGCCACAGUAACACCAUGUGGGCUUCCUGGAAAGCCAGGAGAGGAGCUUUCUUGUACAGGGUAACUGCCCUGGCAUCUGAUGGGACAACAGAUAAAUGCAACACCAGAGGAACAUCCUGUGUCUUUACAUUUUUCAAAUGUGGAUUGGAGUAUAAACUGAAAGUUGAAGCAAUAUCAAGGGACCGGUGCAAAAGCAACGCAAGUGACCCGAUUGCAAUACGUACAGCCCCUUGUAUACCAGAAGGUGUGAAAGCCUCCACCAACUGUUGGUCUCACAUUUUGACCAUUUCAUGGGAAUUGGCAUUGGGGGCCCAAUCAUACGAGGCAGAAGUAGUGGGAACGAAUGGAAGCAAGUACAACUGUAGCUCUUCUACAACCAGCUGUGUCAUCUCCGAGCUACAGUGCGGCGUAGGUUUCAUUGUAUUUGUCAUUGCUUAUGACAAUGAAUGCGACAGCGGCAGAUCUUACUAUGCCAUUGGAGAAACAGCACCCUGCACUCCAUCAAAUGUUCAUACUCAGUUGGACUGUGAUACAAAUGGAGCAAAUGUUAUAUGGGAUAAAUAUGAUGGUGCAAUUAACUACAUGGUCUCUGCCAGUGGAAGUGAUGGGACUCAAAUGAUGUGUGCAUCAGUGCACACAAACUGCUGGCUACCAGACCUGAAGUGUGGCCAAGUAUACACUGCAACUGUCAUCGCUUCAAAUUACAUGUGCAACAGUUCUCGAAGCUCUCCUGUUAAUUUUGAGACAGCUCCAUGCAUCCCACAGAAUGUGGAUGCUCACCUGGAUUGUGCCACGGACACCGCUUCAGUGUCAUGGAUUUCCAGUCCAGGGGCAGUUUCAUACACAGCAUCAGUCACAGGGACCACUGAGCUGUCACACAGUUGUAACACACAACAAACUUACUGUGAAAUCAGGGAUUUACCAUGUAACCAAGACUAUACUGUGUCUGUGAGAGCACUCAGUGAAAAUUGUGAGAGUAACCAAACCACAGUUCGUGUAAUGAUUUCAGACUUAGGGAAGUAA